AUGUUCGAAAAUGACAUGAAAUGGUUGUCAUUUUCGAUUGUCAUCUUUACAGAUAUCAAUGACUGCCUUGGUGUUAUUUGUGAAAAUGGUGGAUCAUGCAUUGACAAUUUAGGCUCAUACACGUGCUCAUGUUCUAAAGGGUUUACAGGAAAGAAUUGUGAAAAAGAUGUUAACGAGUGUGCAGGAUUCCUACAUGGUGGAUGCGAAGACAUAUGUAUAAAUACAGUCGGCUCUUUCCAUUGUAAAUGCAGCGGCAACACUACUUUGAAUAGCGAUGGCAUUUCUUGUGCUGGUGGAGAAAACGUCACAAGCAUUUUUGCUCGCCAUGGUAUCGUCCGGAAGCUCUUACCUCGCGGGUGUUCAACUAUACUGUUGACCAGAUGUACGGACGGAAAUACGGUUGAUGUGUUCAUGUCCUCCACUUCUCCCUGGUACAAGCUACGGUCAAACAAUAGCAUUAUAUACACAUUUGGAAUUGUUUUUGUAGAGGUCAACACAUUGUCUCUACCCGUUUCAAUUAGCGGCAUAGAAAUUGUGAGAAGCAAUGAUAAUUUUGCCAUAGUGACAGGUUCCCUUGCUUUCAAUGAUAAUGAUGGUAUCGCCUAUGGAGAAGACAGAAAACUUGAUUGUGUCACUUUCUCUUUAACUCCAAGAGAUAUUCGCGACUUUCUAACAUCAUCGUCAUUUAUGAGGUCUGUUUUUGCAAACCUCGAAGAUGUUCUGCCUGACUGGUUAAAAUUUUCACAGACAGGGACAGACAUCUUAAGCGUAAACGAUUUGCAAACACAACUUUUACAGGGAAAAGAAAUACAGACUGGUAAAUGUAGAGGGGCACCUACCCAUGAAAAUCGUUUGUACACUGUCCUGAAAUUUGGCAGUAGUUUUUCAAUCAGUCUAUACGGGGAUGAAGUAGAAAUACCGAAGAUGAUAAGAAACGAACAGUUUUGCCUGAUUAUUGACAUUUGUCAAGAUUAUGGUGGCUCGCUUUUCUUAAUCAUCCCGGAAGAAUCAAGGGGUCUACUUAACAACAUAGGCAUGAUCUACAAAUUCAGACAAAAAUACGGGAUCGAAAUUCAGCCGGUCGGAGUUGGUUUAUCUUUAUUUAGGCAUAUAAACGUAAGAUAUUCUGCAACGUCACUUCGGCUUUGGAAAGGAGAUGAAUAUUUUACAUAUCGGAUUAUGCCGGAAGCAAAUUUAUGGGUUGGUGGUGGAGCGACAUGGUCACUGAAAGGAGAUAAAUUUUCGGCGGUUGUGAAAGCUAAUUCGAAUAUCUUUAUGUCUGUGCCUAGUCCUCAAAACAUAUUGAAGAGCGUGUUUCUCAGAGAAUGGAACGCUUAUUUGAAGCUUAACCUUCUUGGGUCUAUAAGUCUUACAUUUAAACUGUUUGGUAAAAGCCAGACUUUAACACUUAGAAACGCGGGUGCAGCCGAUAUUGAGGCAUAUGCUUCUCUUGGAGGACAGACGCAAAGGACAUGGUGUGGUAAAGAUGCUAAUCCUGCUGGAAUGUUCACCUCAUUAUUGGUUGAUGUUAAUCCAUUUCGGGAGGUACCUAUUCUUAAGCAUGGACUUUUUGAUUUCAGCAACAGGAUAUACGUAUAUUUUGCUACAAAUCCCACGCCUACAGUCAACACGGCCAACAAUAUUGAUAUUAUCCACGACAUAAUUGACUUGAAAGGAAUGACAGAAAUAUUUAUAAAUACCACUGUAGAAAACGUCUUUCGAUAUAGCUCACUGCUUGUCAACCAGUCAGUGGUAAUGCUCAGUCAUCUUCAGAAUUCAGCUAGGCAACUAACCACAUCUUUGGAAAAUUUUGUACAGGAACUAAACAAAGGUGAAGGAAAUAUCAUAUCUCAUCUUGUUGGAAAUAUUUCGACAAUUUGGAACAAUGGAUGGAAAAGACUGCGAAAGGACGCUGAAAACUUUUUAGAUUCUAUUGAACACAAUACAGUUGUAGCUAAGUAUAACUUUACAAGACUAAUAUAUCGAGAAAUAGAUCAUUUGAAGGAAAAUAUUCAAAACGUUAUUGAUAAGAUUACUGCACAAAUUAUGCAUCUAUUUGAGAAUCCUCAGGGGUUCGGAGUUCGGUAUAAAGGUAGCCUCAAAAUAUUUUUUCUGAAAAUAGCUGGCCUUGAAAUUGAACUUGUUUAUUCCGUAGAUCGAUUAGGAACAUGUGGUCGUUUCAGUAAAGUCUACGAAUUACUCAGAGGUGAACGUGCUGCAAGAAUAUACGCUGUGGUUUCAACUGGUCUUGUCAAGUUAGCCCCAUUCCUACGCAUGCACGUCGGAUAUGGCAUAGGAAUUGCCAUGAGCAUUGAUACGCCAGGAAAGAUGAUAGCACAGUUACAUGCAGAAGCUAGCGUUCUUGGUAUUUCCGGAAACGUAGACGUUUUCCUAACUCAGACUGGACAUUACUUCAUCAUGCAAGGUAAGGUCUGGAACACAUUUAUGGCAGAACUAACCGUGUUAUUUGAAAGUGCUGGGAACGGAAUUGAAUCAUUUAAUGUUCGUGGAAGACUACUAGCAAACGCUGGGGAAGGCGACUCAUUUGAGAGUAGUUACCUCGACGGACUAAGAAAGAUUACAAGAAAAUUUGCAGACGAAGCAAAUAGACGGAUAAGUAGUGUUCAGAAUGCAUAUAGCACUGCACAGCGAGCAUUAACCAAAGCUCAAGACUGGCUAGAAGAAAAGAAAGUUGUUAUCCAAAGUGCCAAUAAAGCUUUUGACAAAGCAGUGCAGUCAUUAGAACACGCAAAAGAUAAAUUGGAAGAAGCUAAAAUUCCUUUUAGAAAUGCAUUGAAUAAACUGAAUGAAGCUCAGAGAAAGGUAGAUGGAGUAUGCAAGAUAAGAGACUGCAGGCGAAUAUGUGUUCCAGGCUUAAAAUGUAGAAUAUGUUGGAAAAAGGUAUGGUUUGUCAAAAUACCUUAUCCUUGUUGCCAUUUUACAAGCUGCAUGUUUUCGUUCCCAGACCCGAUUUGUGUUGCAAUUAACCUAGGCUGUAGAGCUGUACGUGCUAUCGCAUACCUAGCUCUAGAGGCUGCGAAAGUGUUUGUGCGAAUUCCUAUGUUGGCAUUAGACGCUGCUAAACUCCUUGUAUCAGGUGCACAGUUUGUUGUUGAUAAAUCACGAGCAGUUCUUGACAUAGCUACUGGAGCCCUUGAUUUGGCACAGCUAGGACUGGAAGGAGUCAAAGGAGUAUUAGAAGGAGCCAAAUAUUCACUGGAAGCGGUUAAAAAGGUUGUUGGAUGGGGUCUAAGAGCUUUAGAUUUUAUCAUAAAAUAUGGUAUACAGAGCAUUAUUGAUGUGCGAAACUGUGGAUUUGAAAUGAAAGUAUCAGUUUAUGACUCUACUGUGUUUCAUGUACAAUGUGAAAUCAACUUGUUUAGACAAGGGUUCAAAUACGUUAAACUUGGCGUUAAUUUUGGUAAUCCCAUACAAAGUAUUUGGCAAGCCGCAAAGGGAACUAUAGAUACAUUUGUUGAUGUAACGCGUCUAUCAGAAAAAAAGAAGCGAGACAUAAAAUCUGAGGCUAUGUCUGGACUGCAUAAAGUAAUACGAGAAACACGUAAUGCGGAUAUGACGUCUGACGAUUUUGAUUUAUAUAUAAACGAUACGAUUGAUACUAUCUUCAGCACAAGCGGAUUCAAGCGAAAUGUUUCUGCAGGGGACUAUGAAAAUAGAGUAGAAAUGUUUCUAGAAAAAUGCGUUAUAAUGCGAAAUGCAAUGUCAUUUUUUACAGAAGCUGUACAAGUUCUUUUUGAAAUGGCGAAUGAAACAGCAAAGACCCUAAACAAUGCGUCGUCUUUGGACGAAUCGCUAGGAGGAUUCAACAUUGACGACAUAGCUUCAAAUUUCUCAAUUGAAAAUAUAGGCGUUAACACUGAUGCAGCUUUAAACGACUUCAAUAUGAGUGUUGAGGAUAUCGAAGGAGCUAUGCAAGAGGCAAAGAACAAUUUAACAAAUGAUCCUUUGCUUUCUGGUAUCGAUGGUUUAUCAAAAGAAGCAAAAGCCUGUCUUAAAAACCAAAUAGAAGAUGCAAACAAUAUUAAACUAGUCAACCACUGGCUUCUUGUGAUGGAAAAUGCAACAUCCGAAUAUUUUAAUGAAGAAAGCUGCAUUUCUUUCUUGGACUGUGCUCAUUUUGCCGUUUAUCAGCUGUACGGAUUAUUUGACGCAGAAAAUGUAACAAACAUGUCUAGAAGUUUAAAGGCUAUAUCUCAGUUUGAAGAUCUCUUUCUCGAAUUAACAGGAAAUGCAUCUCAAACAGUUGUUGAGGUCUACGAUCUGACACAGGCAAUGAUAACAAAUCUCAAAGAAAUCAACGAUUACGAUGUGUUCUGCUCUGAACCACCGAAACUGUUAUCUCAGAUAGCGAAUCAAAGUGUCACAGAAGGAAGCAUCUUACGACUUUAUUGCAAUGUAACUGGCAACCCUCCUCCUCAGAUAUGGUGGUUCCGCGAAGAUCAAUAUUUACCGGAGCAAACGGGUAGAAUCCUUGAAAUCAAUAACAUAUCAAAAACAGACGGAAAGAAAUAUCGUUGCGUCGCCGGAAAUCUAGUAGCAAAUCUUUCAUCAGACUUUACUGAUGUCUUUGUAUCAGAGGAUGCCCCGGUUGUAACAACGCAAAAGCCCAGCAGUUUGAAAUCUACAGAUGCUGCCUUUAUAGGCAAGACUACAUACGAUAUAUAUACUACAGACAAAUCUGUUGUAAGAAAGGGAGUGAACAAAGACAGUGACGAUUCAACAAGCCUUGCCAUAAUAUUAUGCACCACGAUACCUGCUCUAGGUCUCAUAGUUGUUAUAGGCGUUGUAUCAGCAUGGCGUAUUCAAGUUAGGAAACGGGCAAGAAAAGCAGACAGUCCUGGAAGUAUUACCAGUUUGAACAUGGUGCGCCCUGUUGUCCACAAGCCCGUAAUUAACACAAAGGUCAUUGCAUUUGAGGCACCUUCAAAGUAGAGAGUGUUAGCAGACUAUUGCACAGACACGUUUAGGCUUUUUCUGACAGUUAUUUUAUAUAGAUGUUAUUUGCUAGUGAUUUAUAAUGACAUUUGAUAGUUUUCUUUAUCAGGCGCUGAACCAAUAUUUACCUAGACAGUCAAAUUAUUUGUAGUGUCUUCUGAGCCAUUUCAUUUUGUACGAGAGAUCAUAUCCUGUUUGUUAUAUUUUCAAAUACGUAACUUACUUGCAUGUUUCUAUAAAUGAUUGGCAGAAAAUGAAAUAUGAAACUAUACGUAGCUCUCCAUUGAUACUUUGACAAUAUCUAUAAAACUUUCACACUUGUACAGUGUCACUAUAUUAAUUAUGCGUCACAGUAGCAAUAAUUUCUAUUCAUUCAAUGUAGCAAUUCUUAUCCACUUAUCCACCACACAAACACAAAUAAAAUUUUAUGUUUUCAUAACACGAGCGAAAUUCUUUGAUAAAUAAGCAUUCAAUGAAUUUGAUAAGAAAAUAUUCGCUGAAUAUGUAUGUAAGACUUAUACAAACAUACAGUUGGCUAACAUAAGGGCUAAUUUUCUUCUAGUUUGUAGAGGGACAUGAAAGUUUUUUUAAAUGGGCAUAUCUUUCCUUAUAAAUAAUGACUACAUUCCAUUAUGAAUUCAAUCAAUCAGUGUUUAUUUUUGAAACUUUUAAAAAUGGAAAAAUGGGUAGAAAACUGAAUAAAGGAGUACCGACAUAUCUCACUUUGUUUGUAAUUUAACACGUUAUUACACUAUAUACAUCUACACAAGGUAUGCUACACUUACUUUGAAAUGUUGCUAUGGUAAUAUUAAAGAUAUUGGCGAAAUAUCAACGUUUAGUUUGAAAAUUUGUUAGGUUUAGAGUCAAGCAUGCACAAUUUAAAAUGUUAGAAUACAAACGAAAAUACAUCAAAAUAGCCAUAUACGGUAAACAAAAUAUGCAUAUAUAAUUCAAAUCAUAUUAUCUUUUUUUGAACUUUAUUUGCCUCUGAAUGUGCUUGUCUUUGAGCAGCGCAUUUAAUUUGUUGAAUUACAUGUUUCACUAUCAAUAUAUUUGAUGUUUGUUUUACACUUCCGCUAUAACUACGUCUUUUUUUUAUAUAGACCAAACUUAUUUGUAGUUUUCUGAACUCUUUUCACGUUAGUCAUUAUAAUGUUGCAGUGUAAUUUGUGUUUUG